GGCGCGGGCGUGGAGGCUGGCACGGGGAGCCGGCGGCUGGAGCGGUCGGUGCGCUCCCCGCGCCCGAGGGUGCAGGCGGCUGUGAGGCGGUGGCUGCUCCGGGGGGGGACGCCGCCGCCGCCGCCGCCGCCGCCGCCGGGGGCGUCGCCGGGCUCGGCCCCUUUGUUCUCGCGCGCUCCCCCUCGCCGCCCACUCCCCUGCUGUCGCUCGGCGGCGGCGGCGGCUCCUCCCGCCCGAGGCAGUCGGGCUGGGCGCCGGGGGCGGGAGGGGGCGGGGGGGGAGCGCGCCAGCCGCCCAGAGUGGGGGGCGAUGGCGAAGCUCCGGGUGGCUUACGAGUACACGGAAGCCGAGGACAAGAGCAUCCGGCUCGGUUUGUUUCUCAUCAUCUCCGGCGUCGUGUCGCUCUUCAUCUUCGGUUUCUGCUGGCUCAGUCCCGCGCUGCAGGAUCUGCAAGCCACGGCGGCCAACUGCACGGUGCUGUCGGUGCAGCAGAUCGGCGAGGUGUUCGAGUGCACCUUCACCUGUGGCGCCGACUGCAGGGGCACCUCGCAGUACCCCUGUGUCCAGGUCUACGUGAACAACUCCGAGUCCAACUCCAAGGCGCUGCUGCACAGCGACGAGCACCAGCUCCUGACCAACCCCAAGUGCUCCUAUAUUCCUCCCUGUAAAAGAGAAAAUCAAAAGAAUUUGGAGAGUGUCAUGAAUUGGCAACAGUACUGGAAAGAUGAGAUUGGUUCCCAGCCAUUUACUUGCUAUUUUAAUCAGCAUCAAAGACCAGACGACGUGCUCCUGCAUCGCACGCACGAUGAGAUUGUCCUCCUGCAUUGCUUCCUCUGGCCCCUGGUGACAUUUGUGGUGGGUGUUCUCAUUGUGGUCUUGACCAUCUGUGCCAAGAGCCUGGCGGUCAAGGCGGAAGCCAUGAAGAAACGCAAGUUCUCUUAAAGGAAAGCAUACCCAUGGAGAGCCAAGCACAGAAGCUGCUCGCAUUCACCUGCAGAGCCCAUGUUUUCUGGUGCAGGAGAUGAAAGGGACCGCAACAGGUCUCCAGGAGCUCAUCCCUCCGUGGCAGCAGAAAUGGGCACAAUGGAAGACUUGGGAACAUAGUAGUUCAUAGUCUAUGUGUCAGCUGUGGCUGAAGGGUCAAGUUCUUAGCUGUAUGGAGUGACUGUUCAGAAAACCCUGUAGGAAAUUGAUUUCUUUGGAAAGUAACAGUAUAUUCUUUGUAUAGUGUAGUAUAGAAACUCUUAUGAUUUAUGCUAUUUCAAGUAUUAAAAUAGAGUGAUAUGUGUUCUUUUCUAUUUCCUUUUUUAUGCUUAGAUCAUCAGGCUAAAAAAAAAUCUUCUGGUUUAUAUUUUAUUCUGCUAGAUUAAACUUUUACUUGACAAUGAGAAGUCCCACAGUAUUGUUGACCUUACUGUAUAACCCUCAGAUUCCAUCAUUAAAAAGAGUAUCUUUUG